AUGAGUACAAGCGCUCUCAAUCGUCCCCGUCCAAUUCAGUCAAUAAAUCCACAUCUCCCACGCCAGCGAUGCCCCGAUGACUGCGCCCCCGCACGCGUUUACCCCCAUCUCGCACCGAGAAUGCUUCGCACUACCGCUGCCCUAGCUUUAGAGGAGCGCGUAACCCGAGACCCGUACGCCCUAUCUUCCUGGCUUUCCUACAUAUCCCAUGUAUCGAAGCAACCCUCAUCCCAAGGCGCUCUCUUCUGUGUGUACGAGCGUGCCGUUGCAGCACUGCCGGGAAGCUACAAAGUGUGGCGUGCGUACGCCCACGCCUUUCGCGAAUAUGCGUCCACAUUUCACCCGAUGCACCCCGCGAGACAGGCCGCUCUCGACGUGUCGAACCGCGCUGCCCGCGCACUGCGCCUUAGCCCGGUGCUGUGGAGGGAGUAUAUUGAGCACUUGCUGGACGAGGCCAGAUGGACGGCUGUGAGGAAAGCUGCGAAUGAUGCGCUUCGAGUGCUUCCGAUUUUGCAGCAUGAAACCAUUUGGCAUCUCUUGAUGGAGCACAUGGUCGAUGCGAAGGGCGUCCCACCGCGAGUCAGCGUCCUCUUGCUACGAAGAUACGCCAAGUUGCGUCCCGGCAAGGGAAGGGAGCGCUUGUUCCGCCACUUGCUGAAGGCAAAGUGCUGGGAUCAAGCCGUCAGCCAUCUGUGCGCUGCUUUGGCGGAUCCGGAUUGGAUUCCUGAGGGUAAGAAAACGAGGGAGCAGCUGUGGAUGGAGCUUGCUCGAGUUGCAGCCCGGCAUCCGAAGGAGGUGACUUGCGUCGAUGUGCCCGAACUGUUUCGAGGGGCCAUUACCACGGCGAAGACCGACGUUGGUGAACUGUGGGUCGUGUUUGGUGAAUACUUUAUCCGAAAGGGCUUGUUUGAGGACGCUCGGAACGUCUACGAGGACGCGAUUACGAGGGUUGAUGUGGUCAGAGAUUUUGCUGUAGUCUUCGAUGCGUACGCCAAGUUUGAGGAGAGCUUGGUCAGCGCGGCAAUGGAAGACGUGGAGGCGAUUAAAGACGAGCUUAAGGAAGCUGGCGAGGAGGAGGAUAGAAGCAAAGAGUUGAAGGAAGCCAAUGAAAUGGUUGAACUUCUAAUCGCUCGCCUCGAAUACCUGACCAACCGACGUCCGAUGUUGCUUUCAGAUGUACGGCUCAGGCAGAACCCUCACAACGUCCACGAAUGGCACAAGCGUGCUCGCAUGUUUAAGCAAGCAAAAGACGCCCCCAACGUCGUUGAUACCUACAGCAAAGCUGUGCAGACCGUAAAUCCUUGGCGUGCGACAAACGGUAGGCCGCACACUUUGUGGCUCGCUUUCGCGAGGUAUUACGAAGACGCCAGUGAGCUUGAGUCGGCGCGUCAAGUCCUGGAGAAGGCUGUGUCGGAUCCAGAAGGCUUUAAAGGCCCUGAAGAUCUGGCUGCAGUCUGGUGUGAAUAUGCUGAGAUGGAGCUGAGAUGUAAGACACCAGAAGCAGCACGUAGCAUUCUCAUCAGGGCAACGACGCAACCUGACCGAAAACGAAGAGAAGAAGCGAAGAAUAGAAGAGGCGAGUCAAAUUCCAAUGCCGCUGCUGUAGCAGGGACCGGAGUUGGAAACGCUAGAAUCAAGCAUGUCUACGACACGUCCAGUCCAGCGUGGAACUUUUACAAGUCUAUGCGACUGUGGCACUUCCUGAUCGACUUAACCCAGUCCAUAUCGACAACAGACGAAGUACUCAAAAUGCAUCACUCGAUGUUUGACAUGCGGAUCGCGUCUCCUCAAACAGUGCUCAGUGGUGCAUCUUACCUCGAGCGGCAGAGCUUGUUCGAACAAGCUUUUCGGCUCUACGAUAAGGGGACGUCCGUGCUAUCAUGGCCCGAUGCGUUGCAGGUCUGGGUCGUUUACCUGACGAGAUUCGUAAAGCGUUUCGGGUCGCGAAAAUUGGAGCGAGCCAGAGAUUUGUUUGAGGAAGCCAUACGGUCAGCUCCAAGUACUCGUCGAGGAGGGUAUGAGCUGCCGCACCCUCAACUAGGGCUCCUAUACAUCAUGUAUGCCGAAAUGGAAGAAGAACACAGUCUCGCGCGUCAUGCGUUGAAGGUUCUGUCUAGAGCUGUGAAGGCUGUCCAGGAGGAGGACCGCGCGGAUUUAUAUCGAUUGUACAUAGUCAAAACAGCCACUCUGUUUGGAAGCACAAAAACCAGAAACAUUUACGAGGAAGCAAUGUCGUCGUUGACAAGGUCGGAGGAUGUGUUGGAAUUUGCAAUACGAUACGCAGGCAUGGAAACCCGAGUUGGCGAGAUUGACCGCGCUCGCGGGAUAUAUGAUCAUACAUGCCAAGUCGCAGAUCCUCGGCGGAGAGGUAUCUAUGAAAUAUUUUGGACGUCCUGGAAUGACUUUGAGUUGUCGCAUGGUUCAGAGGAUACAUUCCGGGACAUGCUACGAAAGAAGAGGGAAGUUCAGCUGAAUCACAAGGGAGUCAUCAUGGAUGAUGAUGUCCUUCUGAACGGCGAAGCGAUUCCUCGAGGGAAGCAGAGGGAAGCAGAGACCCGUGCAUCGACUCUACAGACAAGUCCACAUACCGCUGAGCCGACUGCACCAGUGUCGAAUACGGAAGAGAUUCAACUAGAUUUAGAUCUCGAUGAGGACGAUGAAACGGGUCGUCCAGAAACCACAGAGGUGAAGGACGAGAAGAGCGGAGAGCAAGACAACUCGAAGAAAGACGAAAAGCUGAAUAUUGUACAAAAGGAGCUGCCAGAGGCCUUGAAAAUGCUGGUGGGCACAGCUCAUCCAGAUGCGAAAAGAAAGCGGGAUGAAGAUGAGGUAGAAACCAAAGAGAUGAAUGCGGACGACGGAAAACCGCUGGGAGCAUUGGAGCGCAUCAAGCGCAGCCGUACGAAUAAAGUUUGA